GCGGUGCAGGUGGCGGCGCUAGUUCGUACGAGUGUUGCAUUGUUCGCUCGUUCCGCCCACACAUAUGGAUUCCCUUCUACCACUUUGGCUCACACUGGUUAUGCUUUAGGUGUAACGCAAAGCAAACCGGUACGCUGUCAGGAUAAUCACACCACACCAAGAGCAACAGCAGAACAGAAGCCAUGGAGCAGCAGGUGAGUGAACUGAAGCAGCAGCUGGCUGAGGCAGAGCAUAACACUGUCCUGGCAGCCACCUAUGGCAAGCAGCUCCUGGACAAGAACCAUGAACUUGAGGCCAAACUUGAGACUUUGGAGCAGGAGAAACACUGCCUCUCCUUGAAGCUGGAGGCAAGUGUCAGGAUGGAGCAUUCCUUGGUGCAGGAGGUGGAGCAGCUGCGGGAACAUCAGACUCACCAGAUUGCAGCUUUGGCAACACAGGCUGCACAGAACCAUGAUGAGGAACUGCAGAAGCACACCAAAAAAAUAUUAGACUUGGAGUCCAUUGUUGGAAGCCAGAGACUGGAAAUCACACAAAAGAUUGAGGAGAAAGAACUUGUAGAGGCUCAACUGAAGGAGGCACGAGAGAGGCUGGAUAACUUCAACAAUCUGAACCAGUCUGUGGAUGACUCUACCAGCAUCUUGCAGGCUCAGGUCACUGCCCUCACUCAGGAGAAGCAGGAGCUUGAGACUCUUAUGUCCUCCCUGAAGGUGCAGCUCAGCACCUACAAAUACCGACUAGAACAGGCUGACAAGAAAGUCCUUGACCUGGAGUCUGCGUUGGAGGAGAAAGAGUGUCAGUUUACCUCAUACUAUAAUGCCCUGGAGAAAAACAAGGAGGAAAUGAUGGAAAUGAAGAUGGAGAUAGAAAGCCUGAAGCUUGCAGAAACUGACCCUGCCAAGAAAGGGAACUCCCUGUUUGCAGAGGUGGAGGACCAACGACAGGCCAUUGAGAGGCAGCUCAUUGAUUACAAGACCAGCUACAACAUUGUCAAGAAGCAUUAUGAUCUCAAGGCCCAAGAGGCAGCCAAGCUGAAGCUUCAAGUGGCCUCCCUGCUAAGCCUGAGCAACAACAGAGCAAGUAUGGAGUACAUGAGCCACAUGGAGGAAUCCUUGGCAUCAGCACGCUCCCAGCUGGAGACCUUCACCCAGCGUUGCCGCCAGCUUGAGGAAGCCCAGCAGAAUAUGGCCGCUGCUUCCUGUCAGGAAGGUCCUGAUGAAGCAGACAGUGCCAAUCAGCUCUUCAAAAAUCUGUACAGUGAAAGCAAGAAAAAAAUCUCAGAGAUGAAUCAGUCGCUGCACCAGGCUCAGUUUGACAAAGUGGUGCUGAGUGACCGCAUCCUGCAGCUGCAGAGAAAACUGAGGCAGAUGGAAGCGGCUCGGGAUGCCUCAAAUGGGGAGGUGAUCCGACUCAGAGUUAAGCUGGAUGACUUCACAUCCAAAAAGGGAGAGAUGGCAGGGAGUGAGAUCAAAGAAAUUAAAAGGGUGGUUGAGAAACUCCCUGGCUUUGAUGCACAGCAACCUAACACUACCAACAUUGCUGAAGCAGACAGCACAACACAGUCUGAGGCCAUGCCUCUGAAGGAGAAGCUGCUGGACCCAACAACCAUGCAAGAAAUUACCAAGCAUGCCAAAAACAUCAGCACCAAAGAUGCCUCAGAAGAGGACAAGCAGAUAGGGAGAGUAGAGAAUGAAGAGAACCUACCACCAGUCAAAACAGAGACAAGGAAAAAGCCUAAGAAAACUGUGCAGCUGACUGAAGUGGUCACUGUGCAAGAGAGUGAUGGCCAGGUUCAAGAAGCAAAAAUGAAGCAAGAAGAUGGACUAAAAAAGAUUGAGAAGAAACCAAGACCACUAAGAAAGCUGGAAUGUCCUGUGGUUAAGGUGAACAGCAGCGAGCAGAGUGAAGAGUGCAAGACACAGUGAUUCACAACUGCACCCUGCUGGAAAAAUUGAGACACUGCCCCUUUGUAGGUGAUAUACAGUGAUCAUAAAUGUUAGAGGGAGGCAGAUCAGCAUUACUAAAAAGUACCAAUUACUAGUUUAUUUCAGAAUACAUUAAAGCUGAUAAAGGAGCAUUAGUAACAAAAAAAUAGGAAAAGAUGUCAGGUGAUGUAUUUUGGAAGGAGACCUAAAUAACUAUAUUCAUAUUCCUGAACUGUGUAUGUUUGCAUAAAAGAGAAAGUUAUGAAAUGUUUAUCUUAUGGCAAAGAGAUAUGUUGAAUUUUUUAAACUUGCAUUUGAAAUAAGAAGCAAGGGCUCUGAUUAUGGAAUGAACAUGUGCUCAUUGUGGUAAAUGAUUUAUGAAUCUCUCUCUCUCUCUCUCUCUCUCUCUCUCUCUCUCUCUCUCUCUCUCUCUCUCUCUCUCUCUCUCUCUCUCUCUCUCUCUCUCUCU